UGGCCACUCCCCCAUUAGGGGCAGGUUUGGGGAGAGGAGGAAGUCAGUGUGUGAGAGAGGAGGUGCCGGCGUGUAUUAGCGCAGGAGGCGGACAGUGGUACAUUGGAGCGACUGCUGCUACUGACAGGAGAUCCAAGGCCUGAGAUAUGAUCGCUGUGCAGCUGCUCAACAGCUGAGACCGGUGCGCGGAGCUGCAGCCUCAGAUGCGGGAGUGAGAUAAGCGCCUGGCACGGGGAUAACAGCGGGGGAGCAGGUGUGGCGCAGCCCUUGCAAAGUCCUGAAUGCUAGUGUGUGAGGAGUUAACGAGAGAAGAGUUAAGGAGCAGGUCAGUAGAGGAGCCUAGUAAGUGCUUGGGUGAAAAUUUAAUUGCUCGGGGGAAAGAAGUGAGGUCAUUACAUUUCUCCAGCCAUGGAAGUGGAUAAACAUUCUGUUUGGGAUUCCCUAAAAGAAAAGACCCGUCCCUUAAUUCAGAACUUGUCCAUAAGGAAAAGCAAGAAAAGUUCACUCAAAGUAGAUAUCAGCAAAAGGCGCAAACUGGGUCAACGGAUGAGUUUGUCAGUGCCUAAUAUGAAGGAGGUUGGAUGUACGACUCAAGAAGAGAACGAUUACAUAGAAACUCAGGUGUCUGCCUGCUCAGUCUCCAACCGGCAUUCAUCUCCGAUGCUCUUUCACAGCAGACAAAGGGAAUAUGUUAAACAGUCCAAAGAAACCAGCACUUGGGUUCAAGAGGAUAGUGUACAUAUGGAAAUCAUAGUGACCGAGUAUGAUGGUCUGGACUGUUCGCAAUCGGGACCCAAGGAGGACACUUGUGAGGAUAAUAUAUUAGACUUGCUGCAGAAGGAAUGCUUAGGCGAUGACACAUCUGAUCAGAAGCCUGAGGAACGUUCAGGGAGUAUUGAUCUGAAUUCAUCACUGGCAUCCCAGCUUUCUGCCGAGCUAAGUGGUCUUGAAAACUAUGAUUGCCUGUCUUAUCUCUUGACCAUCCACUUGAAAGAGGGACGGAAUCUAGUAAUCAGAGAUCGCUCAGGUACCAGUGACCCAUAUGUCAAGUUUAAACUCAAUAAGAAGACCUUGUACAAAAGCAAGGUCAUCUACAAGAAUCUAAAUCCAGUUUGGGAUGAGACUUUUGUGUUGCCAAUCCAGAGCCUUGACCAAAAACUACACAUCAAGGUGUAUGACCGAGACUUGACAACAGAUGAUUUUAUGGGAUCUGCUUUUCUAGAACUUCAAGGCCUUGAACUUAACAAAACUACAGAAAAAAUAUUCCGUCUAGAAGAUCCAAAUAGCUUGGAGGAAGACAUGGGCAUAAUCUUGGCAGAUGUUAGCCUUUCUGUCAGGAGGAGAGACCCCAAAGACACUGGACGAUCCUCACGAAGGAGACUUGGUGCUUCUAAGGCAACCUCCUUGCAAGGUGUGCAGUUAUCAGAAUCCCUUCGCAAGAACCAGCUGUGGAAUGGAACAUUGAGCAUUACUUUGCUAGAAGGUCGAAACCUUUCCGAAGGGCUCACAUUAGAUUCUUUUGUGAGGUUUAAGCUUGGAGACCAGAAAUACAGAAGCAAGACUCUUUGUAAGAGUGCACACCCGCAGUGGAGAGAGCGCUUUGACUUCCACUACUUCUCUGAAAGGAUGGGCAUUUUGGAUAUUGAAGUAUGGGGUAAAGAUAACCGCAAACAUGAAGAAUUGGUGGGGAUGUGUAAAGUGGAUAUUGCUGGGUUACCUCACCAGCAGAACAAUCGAUUGGUGCUGCCGUUGGAGAAUAACCAGGGAUCAAUACAUAUGAUGAUAGCACUUACACCCUGUGACGGAGUCUCCAUUUCUGAUCUGUGUGUCUGUCCCUUGGUAGAUCCAGCGGAAAGGAAGCAAAUGGAUAAAAAAUAUAAUAUAAAAAGCUCCUUCCAGAAUCUAAAAGAUAUUGGUUUUUUGCAAGUUAAAGUACUAAAAGCAGAGGACCUGUUGGCAGCUGAUUUUUCAGGGAAAAGUGAUCCAUUUUGUGUCCUGGAGGUGGGAAAUGAUAGGCUUCAGACUCAUACAGUAUACAAAAACCUCAACCCAGAAUGGAACAAAGUAUUCACUUUCCCCAUUAAAGAUAUCCAUGAUGUUUUGGAUGUUACCGUUUUUGAUGAAGAUGGGGAUAAGCCUCCUGAUUUUCUGGGGAAAGUAGCAAUUCCAUUGUUAUCUGUAAAACAUGGGCAGCAGGUAGCUUAUCUUCUAAAGAAUAAAGACUUGGGCAGCACAUCGAAAGGAGUCCUUUAUUUAGAAAUUGAUAUCAUUUUUAACCCGGUGAGAGCGGGUAUUAGGACGUUUAUUCCUCGAGAAAGGCGAUUUGUGGAAGAGAACCCCAAGUUUUCCAAAAAGAUCUUAUCACGAAAUAUUUACCGUGUCAAAAAAAUCACCAUGGCAAUCUGGAAUACAGUCCAGUUUAUCAAGAGCUGCUUUCAGUGGGAGUCCAAAAAGAAAAGUUUAAUCGCUUUCUUGGUAUUUUUGUUAACUGUUUGGAACCUGGAGCUUUACAUGGUUCCCCUGUUCCUGCUGAUGCUCUUUACUUACAACUUCACCAUGAUCACAACCGGGAAGGUCAACACUCAGGACAACCUGGAAGGAAUGGACAUUGGUGAUGAUGAAGAAGACGAUGAAAAAGAAUCUGAAAGAAAGAGCAUCAGAGACCGAAUUCAGAUGAUACAAGACAUUGUUAUCACCGUUCAAAACGUCUUGGAAGAACUCGCAUGCUUUGGUGAACGGAUUAAAAACACCUUUAACUGGAGUGUUCCGUUCCUGUCACUACUUGCCUGCUUUAUUUUGUCAACCGCCACAGUGAUCCUGUACUUUAUUCCAUUAAGAUACAUUGUCCUUAUUUGGGGCAUCAAUAAAUUUACAAAGAAGCUACGGAAUCCUUAUGCCUUAGACAACAACGAAUUUCUAGAUUUCCUCUCCAGGGUACCAUCUGAUGUCCAAAAGGUGCAGUAUGCAGAAUUAAAACCUUGCAGUAACCAAGGUGCCCUCAGGAAGAAGCGGAGUUGAUUGUAGACAAGAUGACAAGCAUUGCCAUUUUUUUUUUUUUUAAAUCUUUCAUUUUUGUAGAAUCAGCACUAAAUCUUAAUGUUGGACUUUUUUUGGAAAAAGCCAAUCACAGGGGUACUGGUUAUCCCCCCCAAUGACAGGGGUACUGGUUAUCCCCCUAAUUACCUUUUUCUAUCCAGUGAUAUCCAACUCAAUGGUGGAUUCCAGUUUCAGCUCAAGCACCUUGUAUGGGUUUUCCCUGGAAAAUAGUUGUAAGGAGAAUAGGGUAACACAUGAAAGCAACAUGUAAUGUUUUAUAUGUUUUGUAACAAUGUCUUUUUUUAUGUAUUUAUUUUUGUAAAAGGAAGGCCGAUGACUGCACCAGCCAGAUGCAACAUCAUUGCCUUAAUAUCUUAGGGCUUAUUAACUAGUUUCAAGUGCUAAGCACCAAUAUCUGAUGCUGUUUUUUUUAUCAACAAAGCACAACUAGAAUUCCAAAAUUAUUGUGAGCACCCAUUAAAUAGCACGUGCCUCUAGUUUUUGUAUGCACUGAUUGACCUAUUGCAUGAGCCUAUUAAUGUACUUGUGUCAGUGGGGUUUAAGCCCACUAACGGAGCAAGUGAGUUGCAUUCAUAGGUACAAUGCCCAAAGGGAGGCCUGGAAGUAUCACCUCUUCAUGGGAGAUGGUAAAUCCAGGUCUUCCAUCAAUCACAGUGCCCUGCACCAUCCACCUUAUUCAGGAAAUAGGAAGCAACCAGCAGUUUGAUGCAAGUCUACUGGAUUGACACAAAUAUUUUUGUACAAAGAAUAAUGAUUUAUGCAAUUUUGUCUUGCGCCUUUUGUUUGUAGGUGGGCUCUCCUGCCUUUUAGAGUAAUUAGUAUAAAACUGUACUGCAGCAGUGAGCUGGUUUAAUGUUUGGUGGCUGGGUAGUAUAACCAAACUUCUUUUGUAUCAACAAGCACGAAUGCCACUUUCCUACAUUGUGCUGAAUACUCCCUAAAAGAACACUGCAAUCUGCAGGUUUGGAGUGAUUCAUGAUUGACGUUCUCUGGUAUUUGUAUACAGAAUCAAUGCAUUUGCACCUUAUUCAAGGCCAAGUUGUGUAUAUAGCAAUAUAUUGUAACAUAAAGAGGCGCGUGUAUAAUUAUAUAUUUGUAUGAGACUGAUCUCCAUGAUGGUUACCAUAGACACUACAAGUAUUUAUCAAGCCAAAGAUGCAGUUAAAUUGUGGAACUAGAAGCCAUGUUUUUGAUCUCUUCAUAUCUAAACAUAAAAGCUUAGUAUACAUUCCUAAUCAAGAAGUAUCCCUACAAAUCGUAUCAUUCUAAAGGUUUGGUUUUUUUAGCAAGGUUUUUUAGAUUUCUUAUCAGGAAAUUUCACUUCUGUCGAAUCUUCACUAAAUGCCAAAGAUUUUAAUAUUUUUGUAAUACAAAAAUCUUUUUUUUUUAAAAAAAAAACACAAAUAUCUAUCUUAAGUAUGUGGCAAAACAGUGGUGUUAUUUGGCCGUAAUAAAGGCCAAACAUGGGGUAGUGUGAGAAUUUUCUAAAUUUUCAGAACAGCAUUAAAAACCAGUCCAUUUAGCAGUGAAUAAACUGCUUCUGGGUAUUACAUUUAAUAGGACCUGACUAAAAAACGUGUUAAUUCCGUGCCAUUGUGUGUGUAAAUUUUACCUAACGAUAAGAUUUGUAGUUCUGGGGCAGUAGUUUUAUCUACACGACAGGAACACAAAGCAGAAGAUUAAAAAACAUUGUUAAUUUUUUAACUAAUGUAAAUUAUAAAAUUUAAAGCAUAUUGGAUUUUUUUCCCGGUGGAAAAAAGAUGAAAAUCAGCUUUUUGUAAAAGGAAUUUAAACCACAUUACUACCCUGAUUGUACAAUUAUACCGCCUGGGGCAAACAUGUUAAUUAUAUAUGUGUCAGUCUUUAAAAGAAUGUAAUUAUUAACUGUAAAGAAAAAAAAAUGCUAUAAAUUUUACAUGUAUAGUUUUGUCAUUAGGACCUGUAUUUUUGUACCAAAUAAAGAUAUUUUUAUUGUAAAGGAGAAUUUAAAGCAACUCAGUAAAAACCUGUAUUACAAGGAAAA